AUGUGUAUGGAACUCGGGAACAAGGAAAUAGCCUUGUCAAACCUGUGUUUCUUUACCCGUUCAACAGCCAGGUGUUCGGUGUUGGCGUUCAAGGUGAUGGAAGGUGCUACUGCGACAUUGUCCUGUCAAUAUUCAGUGGGCCGUUUGGGUUUGAGCCGUGUGUGUUGGGGCCGAGAAUGUGGCACAUUCUGGUGUAAUAAAAUCCUCGUGCAGACAGACGAACAUGGGGUCAUCUCCAAGGUGUCGGACAGAUACAGAAUGACAGGUGAUGUCCUGGCAGGAGAAAUGGACCUUGGGAUUCUCGAUGUCAAGCAGACAGACAACGGGCCAUACUGUUGCAGAGUGGACAUAGAUGGAAUUUUCAACGACAAAAAAGUUAUCCAAAACUUGAGGGUCAUGAAAGUAACCAUUAUGCCAACCCCCACUGUAGGCCUACAUGUCACAGAAGCUAACCCUGCCACAGAACACUGGAAAGCUGUUGAAUCAUCACACAUAGCCAUUCCAAGACAGAACACCAGUGUUCUGCAUUCUGUAACACUGGUGGAGGACCCUCUCCCCAGCCUCUCUCUCCAGAUCAACGCUCCAGUGCUCUCUCUUUCCCUCAGUCUACUCCUACUCAUAGUGGGGGCAUUGGUCAUACUGGGGUUCAAACGGGGGAUUCACAGAAGAGCUCUAAAGACAGGCUGGUAA